CCGCCGCAGGCGAUUUGCAGUUCGCCUCUCUCUCGCUCUCGCUCUCGCCCUCGCUCGCUCUAUCCAGCACUUCUCCUUCCUCCGAAAACCCUAACCCUAAUUUAAUCUUUCUAGGGUUUCCUUCUUCUCCUCCUCCGUGGGAAAUGUAGAAAGGGAAAGAGAGAAAGAGAAAGGGAGAUGCGAUCCGACCGUUGGAAGAUGGGGGCUCGGCCGCAGUUCGAGCCGAUGCGGAGGAUGGCUCGAGAGAGGCUUAUGUUCGGUUUUCAGAAAUCUCAGGGAUCUCUCCUCGUGGGUGGUAAUCACACCUCUUCCAGAAAUAUAUUUGAGCGUUCGAUGAAAGUUGUGAAAGAUUCAAUGUUUCGGCUGAAGAAGAAAAUCGAGAUUUCUGAAUUUAGUUAGGGUUCGAGCGGCAUUGUGAAAGAAUCGACUUAUUCAGCUACAGAAAGAUAUCCCAGUCUCUGAACUUCCGUGAACUUUUGAAGGGGAAUUUUGGAUCUUUCCUCGGGUUGGAUUUUCCUCCAUCUGAAAUAUUUGAGUUCUCUGCUGGGAAAAAAAAAAAACUAUUCAGAAAACUGCAAGUUGCGUCGAAGUAGAUUGAUUGAAAAAGAACAUGGCUUUUAAGGUUUCUACAUUUAAUAUGCUUCAUGGGUUCUUAGCUAGACGCGUCCUGCUUCGUAUUUUGAUGAUCGUAACAGCAGUGGCAAUGCUUCCUUUCCUGAAAUUUGUUUCAGAUGUAGAUAUGGCUGAGCUCUUUGCAGCGAAUGCUAGCAACUGCACUUCCAAUAUGGACCUCUUUCAGGGUCGGUUUCUCAAACUAAUUCCCUUCCAUGUUGUUCCUCUUCUGGAUUCGCAAAUGUCAUGUGAUGAAAAGGUGAAUGUCACAUCUGACGUGUUUCGAGAGCUUCUGGAUAUGAAACUGUUGGGCCCCUGUGCGAAAGCUCUCUCCGUAGGGGAAGGAUCAGCAGCUGCUGUUUCUGUGUUGCAAGGAAUGGGAAUCUCUGACGUUUCCAUGGUCAAACGACACCCAUUUUCCUUCAUGGGGAGGAAAAGGUUUGCCUCCAAUCUCCCAUUUGGGGAUAAUUCUUUCGACUUUGUCUUCUCUAGGGAACUUGAUACGGCUCUGAUCCCUGCUCUCCCUGUGCUUGAGAUCGAGCGGGUCUUGAAACCAGGUGGCGUUGGUGCGAUGCUCGUGGGUGUUGCUAGUUCUAGCCCUGGUAGCUUGAUUCUUACUGCGACACCGAUUUCGUUAUUCCUGAAAAGCUCUGAUGUCGUCCACGUGCGUGGCUUCAACUCCUUUGCAUUGGUGGUCUUCAAGAAAAGAUGCAGUGAUUUUUGUUCGUUUGAUCAUUACCGCCUUCCCAAUGAUUGCUCUUCUAUUACAAACAAUAAGCCUUUUAUCAAACAUCUGGAGCCUCUUGUGAGGGAGAAACUGAUGGGGACCAAUGAGAGGUUUUCCUAUCUGCCAAAAUUUCUGAACAUCUCCAAUCGAAACCAGUUAAUCUAUAUCGAUGUCGGGGUGGGGGAGUUUGCUAAUUCCAGCAUUGCAAAUUGGUUCCUGCCGUUCUAUCCUGCACAAUCUCGAGCCUUUGACAUUUAUGCCGUAGAUCACAAUUCAUCCCAUCUCUCCUCCUAUGUUGGAAACACUGGCAUUACCUUUGUUUAUUAUCCUGGUCUGUCAGAAAAUUGGGCUACAGCUGAUCUCGAUACUGUCCCACAAUUGGGUCCAUCACCGAAUGAUGCACCCGAAGGGUUUGAUUUUCUUGGCUGGUUUAAAAGAACUGUGGGAAAAGGUACUUUCGUGGUUCUGAAAAUGGAUGCUGGAGGAGUGGGACUGAAACUUCUACAUGAAUUAUUCGAGAGUGGAGCUAUAUGCCUUGUUGAUGAGCUUUUUCUUCGCUGCACAAACAGCACCGAUGGUCAAGUUGCAACUGGUGGGGAUUGCUCAAGCCUCUUUAAAGCUCUCAGAAGCAGCGGCGUGUUUGUCCAUCAAUGGUAGCGUGAGCAAGCUUACUUGGGAAGUUUGCUAAACAUUAUUCUCGCUUUGUGUGUGUUCAAUAAAUCUGGUUUCACUUCAGGUGAUCCUGUUGAAGUUUGCCAGACUUUGGCUUCCUUAUCGUUUAAGGACUAUGUUUUUCAUUGGUUUGUUGUGUGCUUUUUAUGCUGUCUCUGGAAGUUUGCUGACUUGCUCUUCCUUUUAGGUUGUUGAACUUUCCUUUACUUUAUGUGAUCUUCUUUAAGUUCUUGA